CACCGGGCGUCUGUUUGCUUCUUAUUCCACCACCACCAUCAUUUCCUCUCAUGGUUGCCUCUCUUAAUCUAGAAUCUGUCUUUUCCUCUUCUUUACAAAAACAGUUUAUCCCCGUUCUUGCUUCAACGAACAACCAUCCAGAGGAUAUGGCUUCAUUUUCGCUUGUUGAUAUUCAAGAUCAUUCAACACCGCAUAUGAAAACUCGAGUUGCCGUCCGCGAUAGGACUCCUCAUCGCUUUCAAGUAAUUCCGCUCAAGGAUGCAAAGCAAACCCAUUCUAUGCUGCAACUAUCCAACAAAACAACGCCCGUGUCAAAUUCCACUGUGAGGAAAGGCUUGAAAGAUGUCACCAAUUUCCAGGAGACGACUCCUCGUGGUGCUUUGGCGGUUUCUGAUGGUGGAAAACUCACUCCUUGUCCGGAGCUCCAAAACGAGCUCAAGCUUUUUGCGCCGGGGCUUGUCAAAGAUGCGCGGUCGCCUUCGUUCAUAUCCAGGACCCUUCAACAUCGAACUUCCCUCAAACCAGAAACUCCAUCCGCCACUCCUAUACCGCCGCACAAGAUUUCUCAGAUCGGUAGCAAGUGCACAUCCAUCACAGCUGCUAUACAAUAUCUUUCCGUCAAACCCCUGAACAUCGUGAAGCGUGGCGAUGUAUCCGGACCACCUCUCACUGGAAUCCGGCCUCCAACAGUCCGUCCGGCGGUAAUACGGGAUGUGUCUAAACCUCCUACAGCCACCAGUGCGGCACCUCUACGCACUGAUUCAGCUACGGUUGCUGUUUCCGCAUUUCCUGCAUUCGGUUUCCUCAAUAGUCCCGCAGAGUCUACGUCUACUAUAUCUAAACAUCGUCGACGGUCGCGUUCAAGCAAUGCCCUAUUUACAUCUCAACUCCCAACUGCUCGUACGCGAAUGAAUUCUGAACACUUCAAAGUUAGCGAACUUUCUGAGCCUGGCCACGACCCGAAAGUUCCUACGACUGUUUCCAACCCCGCUACCCCUACAAUUUGUCAACACCAUAACAAAUCUCCUACCCCCAAUACUACCGUCACAACCCUAGGUACUCCCAAUUUCGCUAGCAAAGACGUAGUACGGGCACCGUCAGCCACUCCAACUUUGAGGAAGCGUGUUUCUGGAGACAUUCAAAGGACUACUGAAUCUGUUAACCGGCGUUGUACUUCCAAAUAUUUUAAAUCAUCCUCGACCGCCACCGCUUCUCGUGAAAACCUUUCCGAGUCUCGUAUCCCUUCUUCAAAGUUGAAGCUUGCAUUCCAUCCUCACACCCUCGAUCCUGUCUUGCUCAAACCUAAACACGGAAUCACUCAUUCGGUGGAUAUUGUCAACCUCAAUCCCCGUCUUUUACAAACACCUCGAAUACGCCAAUACCAAGACGUGCGAAAUGACUUCCCUCGAUGUGUUGAACCGCCCACAGCCGUUGAAAAAUCCCAGAGUAUUGAAUCGGUCACGGUUACUCCUUCCCCACCCUUAGGACGUCGCUCCGUUCUCAAAUCCGAACUUCCUUCUAAGAGACAUGCCAUAUACACUCGGAGUCUUUAUGUCGGAAAGGCGGAGAAGAAUUCCAGCAAUUAUCUUCGAGCUCUUGAAGGGAUGAUAACCUCACAUUCUUCGUUACACUCACAAGUAACUGAUCAUGAAGAGGUAUCUACCUCUAGUGACUCACUUGAAUCGAUUCUGCAAGUGUACCAAGAUGCAGUCAAUGAUGAAGCUCAUCCUCAUUCUCGGUCCUUUUCGAUGGGAUUGCCUACCUCCCAUUCCGAGCCCACACUCUACGACAUCAAUGUUACACCACUCGCCGUUGCCUGCACAGGUAACACACCGUCUGAUGAGAACCAGUCUAAGUUCCCAGUAGCCUCAGUUUCGUUAUCAUCACUUGCCUCUGUGUAUUCGCAAGAUUCCUGGGCUUCUGGCGAAAGGCAGGUCAUUCAACUUUCCAUUGUUGCUGGCAUUAAUGCUAUAAAUUUCAGUGAACACAAACUAGAACGGAAGAUAGGACAUCACCCGAUUGUAUGGGAGUUACUAGAAAAGCUUGAAUCUGCUCAACGCACUUGGCUGUGGGACACUGGCUCGGACAAAUUCUAG